AAAAGUUUCAUGCAGCAUCAACGGCUGUGAAGACUCUGGCUGUGAUCCGCGAGAUAUUGCCAAUCACCUCUCGUUUCCGGACUCCAAUCACAGCUUCAGAGUCUCAAUUCGGCUACCGGCACUGGUUUUUUCUGGUUCUUCACUACAAUGUCUCUUCCUCCGGAUCUGAAAGUGCUCUGCCGCCGACUGACUUCGACACCACCAGCUCAGCUGCCUCACUCAAUCCCGGCCUUCAUCAACCAUGUCAUCCGCUGCAAAGAUGUCUUGUCUGCGCCUCAGGAUCCCAAGGCAACAUCCAACUCAUCCGAGGCUUCUACUCUGGUCCAUAAGCUGAGAACCAUCAUCUUGACUCUGCUGAACGGCAAGAGUGCCAUGGGGCGCUUCACCGGCGCAACCCUCGUCAAGGCCGUCAUCGACGUGGGCGGUUGGGAAUGUCUGAAGGAAUCCGGCAACUGGGUUCGCGGACUCCUGGCCAUGCUUCAGAAAAACGACCCCUUCCCGGUCAAGGAGAUCGCCAUUGUCACCCUCGUCCGCAUUUACACCCUCAUUCACGGUUAUCAAACUCUCACCAGGGAGAUCGCGACACCCACCAUCCCGACCUUCUUCAACGCAUGCCUACAGCUGAUCAAGCUCCCGGCGGCGGGCCAGCGCCUCAAGACGCCACUGACCGUCAUCGAGACUGUCCUUGACGCGUUCUCCGCCCUGAUCCCGGCUUACCCGACCACCUGCCGCCCCUUCAACGGCCAGGUCAAGACAGCCAUCCGGCCAUACUUGGCGCCUACCUCUUCUGAUGGCACGACGGUGCCCCAGUCCCUUCGUAAGGCUAGCAGACACCUGGCCAUCUCGCUACCGCUUACCACAGCGGGCAAAACGGGACCUGGUGACGACUGGGCCAAGCUCGUUGACGGUCUGAGGAAAGACUUCCACUCGACUGCUGACCAGGUCUUCCGCGCCGUCCAGGAGUCCUGGGAGGCCUCGGCGCCGUACACCCGCUCCAAGGUUGACUUUGACACGCUGCCGCAGAGUCUAGAGACACCCGACCAGUUACCUCAAUGGACCGGAAUCUCGGCUGGCCGUGACAGACUCGUCGGCCUACUCCAUUACCUGGCUGAUGCGCUCCGUUACUCGACCAAGACACCCGUCACAAUCCCCAUCGCUUCUCUCAUGGACGUCGUCUCUCGCGUUGCGCUCAUCAGCCGCAACUCCAAGUCCCAAUCAUGGGACCAGGCAAUCGAGACUCAAGCCGCCGUGGGUAGAGAAGAGAAGGAGGAACUUUGGGCCGCGAUACCCGACAUCCACGUCGCCGCCCUGGACCUCCUUCUCGUUCUGGUGCAAAGGCUGGAGCGCAACGCACUAUCAACCAUCCCGGAAAUCUACGACAAUAUGGUCCUCAUCUUCCGCUCCGGCAUCGACAUCCCUAUCGUCCGCGCCGCCACCUACAUGCUCCUGGACGAGACGCUCCCGAUUGCCGGCCCCGGCCUGCAGAAGCUCACCGUCGAGACGCUCGGCAUCGUCUCGCUCGCCUGCUGCCGCGAUAUCCAACAAGAGUCAGGCUACGUCAAAGAAGCGAAACCAGCUACCAAGACCGCCGCCGAGACCAAGAAGAACAACAUCGCCGCCAACGCCGACCUCUUUCUUCCUUCACAGACCGCCGCGGACUCGGCAUCCGCAUCCAGGCCAACCCUCGACCCGUCCCAUCGUGCCGCCGCCGAUUCCCUCCUCGCCAGCCUGCUCACUCACCUCCCCCAGCAGCACCUCAAGCCUGGCCUUCGCGGCCUCCUGGACCAGACGGCCAUCCUCUCGCGCAACCGCGACGCCAUGAUCGCCAGCGUGCUCAACCCUUACGUCAACCAGGGCGGUGCCAUGUUCCCCAGCAUCCUGCCCUUCCUCUCGCAGCAGUUCCCGCACGAUCGCGGCGUCGAGAUCCUGCGCUCCAACAUCCGUACCUCGACGCAGGGAUCCUCGGACGUUCUCGAGGGCGUCGACGCCACGCUCGAGGAUCUCGAGGCCGAGGAGGCCGCCAGGGAUGGCGACGAGGAGAUCGUUUCGGAGAUCGAGGUCAAGGGUGACGCGGAAGACCAGGAGAUGAAGGAAGCCGCGGCCGAGGCCGCGGCGCAGGUAUCGUCGGCUAGCGAGACGAUCAUCGUUGCCAACGACGACGACGCCGAGGACAGCAACAACCCGUUCCGCCCGUCAAAGGACGCCGGCGGUGGCAGCUCGAUCGAGGUUGCGAACCCCUUCGCCGUGACGUCUGCGCAGAAGCGCAAGCUCGACGACGAGGGUGCGAGCCCGCCGAAGAGGCAGAGCGUCGAGAGGAAACCUGAACGGACGGUCGCUGCCGCCCCGGAGCCGGAAGGGGACGACGACGAUAGCGAUGAUGAGAGCGUUCACCUGAACAUGGACCUUGAUGAUGAUGACGAAGAAGAGGACGAGGAGUAGAGCGCCGGAAAGAAGAAGAAGACGAUGGACAAGAAUCGUGAGAUAUUUGUUUUUUCUCGUGUCACGUAGUUGCGGAUAUACGCAAAUGAUACCCCACGGGGGAAGAGUAUGUGGUCUUGGAGAUGAAUGGAUGUGGGUAUAGAUUUGGUUUUUCUGUUUGAAGCAGCUCGUGACCAGGAAAUCUGGUCUUAGCUAUAUUCUGUACAUGAUACUGUGAUGACCAGUAUCCAAGGCCAUGACGGCCAAGCUGAGUCUGUGUGAGGUAAGUGCAGGUGCCCGCGACGCGACGCGCGGGCUAUUGUAUCGCGAAUUCCAAGCCGUUCCACCGCCCAAAGCCGAAUGAUGAGCCAUUUCCUCCCUCCCUCCCUCUCAACGCCGCCGUAUGAAGAAUUCGUCCUCUCCACCUCCCGCGAUCCAAGCGGAGCCCUUUUUGAAAAGAGGUUGAAAGAUCACAAACAAAGCCUAAACGAUCUCAAAAAAAUGAAGAAAUAAUGAAAAGCAAAAGAAAAGAAGACCCUUUGUUCCCCUUCGACCAUCUUAGUCCCUAAGCCAGGCCCGGCGCUUCUCCUCCUUCCUCGCCCGACGCUUCUCCUUGAACUGCUUGAGCUCGGCCUUGCUGGGCUUCUUGCCACUGCGCUCGGCCUUGAGGCUGCGGCCGUCGUGCGAGUUGGCGGCGGCGUCGACGUCGAAGAAGGCAUUCAUCUGGCGCUUGCUCUUGGCCUCGUCCGAGUGGCGGUCGGGGCCUUCGCCGAGCGUCUGGAAUUGGCCGGUGAAGCGAUUAAACUGCGCGAUCGCGCCGUACUCGGCCGCGUAGGCGGCGGAAGACGCCUGGUUCGCCUCGUUCUCCUCGGCCGUGUUUCCCUUGGCGUACCACGCGUCCGGGUCGUAGUCGCCGUGGAUGGCGGGGUUGUAGCCGCCCGCGGGGGGUAGGUCAUUUGUCGGCAGGGGAGGGGGGCCCAAGGGCGCGGUC